UAAGAAACUCCUCUUAGGGGAAGCCUUUUCUGGCUAAGCUUUCUCCUCCAUAACCCUGAGCCUCACCUCACGCACACUCUUUAUGGACACUGUUUGGCUGCCUGUCAUCCGCGUGGCUGGAGUGCAGGACGUACAUGCAAAGUGCCUGUGGGGGUCACCAAUGCGUCAGGGAGAAAAGACAGCGAGGUCGCCCUAGGGAGGUAGAAACAGAGCCAGGAACUAGUCCUGGAAGCCGGAGAGUGUAUGUGAGGGUGUUCCGCUGCGUCAGCGAGGCCCGAACCGCCCUUGGGAAGAGGAAACCAGGGUCUAGAGCGCCAGCGUCAGCCGCCUUCGCUUCCCACCAAGGGGCAUUGAGCAUUCAGCGCUAUAGGACCUGGCGGGGGUCUCAGGAUUGGGCCUUAACCGGCCGCCCUCACUAGGCGGCCUCUUCUCCAGGCAUCUGCAUUCGGAGCGGAAGAGGAGGACACAGCGUUGAUGCCAAGGAGUGCCAAGUGCAAGGUCUGCGGCCCGGCAGGAGAGGCGGCCUUCAUUCUGCGCAGACUCGCCGCCCGGGGUGUGAGGGGUGGGGCCUGGACGACCGAGGGGCGGGGUCACGCCUUGGGCCCGCCUUCUCUAGCGCCUGUGAGCUGCCGAGUGCGCGGUCCCCGCGUUAUUCUGGGGGCUUCAGGUGAGCGGGGACAUAGAGGGAUCAGGGAGGCCUCCCUCGAGGUCUGUUGGUUUGACUGCAGGUCCAUUUGUCCUGCCGUCUGCCCAGAGCAAUCUUCUUGGAGAAUGGGCGAACAAAGGGAGGGGGCGGUUCUGGGGCCCCUGAGGGAAUCCAGGGUCCCAGGUACCCCGCCCCUCCCGCUGACACUUUCGGUUUCUCCCCGAGUCAUAGGCGCCGCCCAAGAGACCCUGGGCCGGCGCCGGGCGCAGCUGCCUCUCUGCGUUUGCCUGUCCGUCUUUGUGUCUGUCUCUGUGUCUGUCUGGCUGUCUCCGAGCUUGCCUCCACUUCCAGAACUAAGCCGCCCCGACACCUCCAUCCUGCGAAAACCGACCCUUUCCCAUGUCAGGCUACUUGCCCCCAAAAGGCUAUGCCCCUUCACCCCCACCUCCCUACCCUGCGAGCGCUGGGUACCCGGAGCUGGCGCUGCAUCCUGGACCCGGGCAGGCGCCAGUGCCUGCCCAGGUGCCAGUGCCUGCCCAGGUGCCAGUGCCUGCACAAGUACCUGCCCCUGCCCCAGGCUUCGCUCUCUUCCCUUCGUCUGGCCCGGUGGCCCCAGGGUCUCCUGCCCCUUUCUUGCCACUGCCAGGGGUUCCUUCUGGCCUUGAAUUCUUGGUGCAGAUUGAUCAGAUCUUGAUUCAUCAGAAGGCUGAGCGAGUGGAAAGCUGGGAGACCUGUAACCGGUAUGAACUGCGCUCGGGAGCUGGGCAGCCCCUGGGUCAGGCGGCGGAGGAGAGCAACUGCUGCGCCCGUCUGUGCUGUGGCGCCCGCCGGCCACUGCGUGUCCGCCUGGCAGACCCUGGGGACCGUGAGGUGCUGCGCCUGCUCCGCCCGCUCCACUGUGGCUGCAGCUGCUGCCCCUGCGGCCUCCAGGAGAUGGAAGUACAGGCUCCUCCCGGCACCACUAUUGGUCACGUGCUACAGACCUGGCAUCCCUUCCUCCCUAAGUUCUCCAUCCAGGAUGCUGAUCGCCAGACAGUCCUGCGAGUGGUGGGGCCUUGCUGGACCUGUGGCUGUGGCACAGACACCAACUUUGAGUUGGGUCUUUCUCCCUCCCAACAGGUGAAGACUAGGGAUGAAUCCCGCAGCGUGGGCCGCAUCAGCAAGCAGUGGGGAGGGCUGCUCCGAGAAGCCCUCACAGAUGCAGAUGACUUUGGCCUACAGUUUCCACUGGAUCUGGACGUGAAGGUGAAGGCUGUGCUGCUGGGAGCCACAUUCCUCAUUGACUACAUGUUCUUCGAGAAGCGAGGAGGUGCUGGGCCUUCUGCCAUCACCAGUUAGAGGCUGCCUCUGGGUGAGGAGACCAUCGCCUCAACAAGAAUUCAAGAUGGUCCCCUGCCCUGGCCUGGCCCCUCCUCAGAGGCAGCCCCUUUCUUCCACGUACACUGCAGGGAACAGACACGGGUGCCUGAGUGGCUGGGGGCAUGAUGCCCUAUCCUUACCCUCUCCCCUGGCCUCCUUCACCUGUGGCUCUGCAGAAGGGUGUGUAUGAGAGCCCUACCCUGCUGUCUCCUACCACUGUCUCCCAGCAGUCCCUUGGCACACAGGCAUUAUUGGCUUUCAGAUUGUCCCUACCCACUCCUUCCCAACUUCUUCCAGGGUCUCUGUACCAGAAGUGGCCUUUGGAACCCAUGGCUUAGAUUUUACAACAGGGCUGGCAGGGGAAGGGCAAGUAGCACCAAAGAUGGCAGAUAUACCACUCUUCCCCUGUAUCAGCUUGGCCAAUUCAGCAUUAGGCUGAACUGGCAUUUUGAGGGGAUUCCUAGUUCCCCGCCAACAGCUGUAGAGGCUGGGCUCCAGUGCCAACUUCCUUUCUCCCUCGGGCCCUGCCCAUAGCUGGUGCUUGCUGCAGCUUCCUGUGCCUUAUUUAACCCCCACCCCUUCCUUCCCUUGCCUAGGAAGGAGGCUGCACCUUUGUAUGUUGUAUUCAUAUAAACUUUGUAACUUUUUGAA